AACCAAGACGAACUCCAAAACUGGAAAAAAUCAAAAAGUAAAAUGAAAGAGACUCGCCUUGACAAAUUUCAUCACGCAAUUUUCAUGGCGGCUGAAGCAGGUCCAACGUCCAACUCUCCAACACCAUCGCCGCUGACUCAAAAUCCCGGGGAUAAAAGCCGUGACACUUGCCUUUAUCCCCUCUAGUUUUCUUCUCUUCUGUCGUCACUGUGCGCUAAAAAAUCAAAUCAUUUUGAUUUCGUUCUUUUCUUCAAAGCAUCGAGAAUGGAAACAGUGAUGGAGGAGGAAGACUACAGCUGGAGGGAAGUGAAGCUGCCGUCGCUCAUACCAAUCGUGCCCGUGCCGGAGCUGGAGAGAGAGACCGGCGAGAGAAGGCGUGGCCGAGACAUCGUCAUCGCCGUUGAUCAUGGCCCCAACAGCAAGCACGCCUUUGAUUGGGCCCUCGUCCACUUCUGCCGGCUCGCCGACACCAUUCACCUCGUCCAUGCCGUCUCCAAUGUGGAGAACGAGGUUGUGUACGAGAUGACCAAGGCCCUCAUGGAGAAACUUGCUGUUGAGGCUUUGCAGGUUGCUAUGGUGAGGACUGUGGCUAGGAUUGUGCAAGGGGAUGUGGGCAAAGCAAUCUGCAAGGAAGCAGAUAGGCUGAAGCCUGCAGCUGUAGUCAUGGGUUCCAGAGGCAGAAGCUUAAUUCAGAGUGUACUACAGGGAAGUGUGGGUGAGUAUUGUGUCCACCAUUGUAAAUCAGCACCCAUUAUAAUUGUUCCUGGCAAAGAAUUUGGAGAUCAAUCGUUGAUCUAGUGAAAUUGGCGAUAGAACUUGUGAAAUGAGUCAUGAAGAUUAUGAACUUUUAUAAAAGCUUGUUUGUAAAAUUGUCAGUCUGUGAGUAGGACAGAUUUAAAUUUGAUUCUAUUCAAUGUGAAUUUGUGUUGAGAAUAUCUGUCACCCUGUAUACAGUUUAAUGAUCUUUGAAUUAUGUGUAAUCUUGUGAAUUGCAAACAAAUUUCAGGAUCAA